AUGAAGGGUGAUCUGCGGCGUCAGAUUAAGUUAGGCGUCAACGUGGCCAAGAUAGCGGUACAAAGGCUGGUAUCUGAGAUCGCUAAAGGUACGGGACCAACGGAUGAGAUCAGGGCCAAUAAUCAGGCCCUGGAAAGGGAAGUCGUCAAGCUCCGACGAGAGGUGGAUACUCUACGUCGAGAGAGAGAGAGAGAGACAAUGAGAGGACAGAUUAAGGCACUACAAGGUACUGUACAAGACCUGAAGGACAGGGACAGGAAGCGAGGCCGCGGCAGGAGCUAUGUCCUCUCCUCGGAUGAGGAAGCCCGUGACUCAGGCUCGCCAAUCAGAACCAGGGGACGAAAUAGAGAGGAACGUCCUGCGCGGAAUAGAGACACGGAUAUAGACGAAGCGGAGAGUCUCCCCCCGGCGUAUAGACCGACGAUUGGAGUUCGCAAAAGACUGGAGGACAGGCCCCCUCGUUUAACGACGGUAAAUGAGAGGAGCGAUAUAGUAACGGAAGAAACAAGACAAUCUGCCUUGAGGAAACGCGGGGACGCGCACAUGGAAGGGACAGGAAAUAGGCCGAUGAGCGACAACCGGGGAGCGGAGCCUAGGGGCGACCGGGACCUGGGAAGCCCGCUGCCUCCGAUGGACUAUCCGGCCGAGGGCGAGGCAUAG